AGGUUCUAAGAACUCAUGAAGACUAUAUGUGACAAAUAUGGGAUUCCUACGGCUAAGUAUCAAACAUUUUCAGAUGCAUCAGCUGCAAAGCAAUACAUUAAAGAGCAAGGAGCACCUAUUGUUAUCAAAGCAGAUGGGCUGGCUGCCGGAAAAGGAGUUACCGUUGCUAUGACGUCGGAGGAGGCAUAUGAAGCCAUUGAUUCAAUGCUUGUUGAGGGCAUUUUUGGUUCUGCAGGUUGCCGGGUCAUUGUCGAGGAAUUUCUCGAAGGAGAAGAAGCAUCGUUCUUUGCCCUCGUGGAUGGAGAGAAUGCCAUACCACUCGAGUCUGCACAAGAACAUAAACGGGUUGGAGACGGUGACACAGGUCCUAAUACUGGUGGGAUGGGGGCUUACUCCCCUGCACCAGUCUUAACUAAAGAAGUUCAAGCUGUGGUCAUGGAAUCCAUUAUUCUCCCUACAGUUAAGGGCAUGUCAAUGGAAGGAUGCAAGUUUGUCAGGGUUUUAUAUGCUGGACUAAUGAUCGAGAAGAAGUCCGGCUUACCAAAACUAAUCGAGUACAGUCGGUUUGGAGACCCGGAGUAUCAGGUCCUGAUGGUUCGUUUAGAGUCUGAUCUUGCAAAAGUUCUGCUGGCAGCUUGUAGAGGAGUGCUAAAUGGGGUGUCACUGGACUGGUCCCCCGGGUCGGCUAUGGUGGUAGUGAUGGCGAGCAAGGGUUACCCUGGCUCCUAUGAGAAGGGGACCGUGAUUCAGAACCUUGAGGAAGCAGAACAUGUUGGUCCUUCUGUCAAGAUAUUCCAUGCUGGAACUGCACUUGAUUCGGAUGGCAAUUAUGCUACCGGUGGCCGUGUUCUCGGGAUUACUGCUAAAGUCAAAGACCUUGAAGAAGCAUGGUAUAAAGCUUACCUUGCAGUUGAAGAAAUCAACUGGCCGGGAGGAUUCUACGGGAAUGAUAUCGAAUGGAGAGCACUUCCUCACAAGCAAAUUGCUAGAAGUUCUUAGAAUAACAUUAAAAUCCCUGCUUUUGACUAGACAUCUUAAAAUAACUAACUCUUACACCAAUUGAGAAAUGAAAUAAGCUAUAUGAACGACAUGCCA